AUGUUUUCUACAUUUCUUGCUGCAGCUUCUUUGCUGCCUCUACUAGGCUCGAGUCAGCAACUUAUACAGGAUCCUGGUACUGCUGGACCGGAGUUGGAGCUUGUUCAUCUGUACUACGAUCAGUGGCCGACGGGCGUUGCUGUGUCCUCGACUGGUCGCAAGUUUUCGAACUAUCCUGGUGCUUUGGACGGAAAUAAUACGAACAAUGGCUCCAAUGGUAAAUAUACUAUUGCCGAAUUGACUGGAAAUUCUACCGAGACUCCCUUCCCCAAUGUUGAAUGGAAUAGUCCUCCGGGAGGAGCCAUUAACUACACCACCACACCUCCUACUGGAGCAAACUACCAAAACCACUUUAUCGGUGCUCAGAGUAUUGUCAUCGAUUCCCUCGAACGCGCUUGGGUUCUCGACACUGGCCGAGUGCAGGAUCCUAAUGGUACUAUUGUCGAGGCGACUGUCGGUGGACCCAAGCUGGUUGGUAUCAACUUGACAAACAAUACUGUCUUCCAGACCAUCGUCUUCCCUGCAAAUGUUGCUCCUGGAGAUUCUUACUUGAACGACGUUCGUUUCGAUCUGCGGCCGAACAUCACAGCGAGUGGUAAAGGUGUCGCCUACAUCACCGACUCAUCCAUCGAAGGACGUACUGGUCUGGUAGUCGUUGAUCUCGGUACCGGUGAAUCAUGGCGUCACUUGCAAGGCUCCGAGUUCGUCGCGCCUGCAACCCAGUUCCUUGCUUAUGUUUGGGGAUUGCCCAUCUAUGCUUUCCAAGCCGGCCAACCACUCAGCUUCCAAGGCUUUGGUGCUGACGGUAUCGCUCUUUCUGCUGACGGCGAGGACCUCUACUUUGGCGGUGUCGGAAAGAGAUAUCUGUACUCCAUCCCUACUGCCAGAUUGCGCGACAACGGACAAUUCUCGGAAGCUCUUGCCCAGGCUUCAGUCGUCAGUCGUGGCCAGAAAGGUGUCUCGGAUGGUUAUGAGACUGACACUAAUGGAUACAUCUACCAUGGAAAUGCUGAGCAGAACGCCAUCAGCUUUUAUAACCCUGUCAACGGAACCAGUUCUCUUUUCUUGCGUGACCCUCGCCUCAACUGGGUUGAUACGAUGAGCACGGGUACAGAUGGAUACCUUUACUUCACAAACAACCAACUUGCUUUCAGCCCUCUCGUCUGGCCUGGUACCGACAGGAGACGGCGUCCCUUUGCUCUAUUCCGUGCUAAGCUUCCCAACAACGGCACCAAGCCACUGUUGUGCUAA